AUGGGGGCACUACAGAGAAUGAUCAGGGAAAUGAUGGAGCCUGAAGCCAGAAGAGGAGAGAGGCCCACCUACAAAAAGCCUUAUCCGGCCUACAUUGAUCAGAUACCUCUAUCACCAAGUUUCAAGAGUGAAGAUGAACCUACUCAAGACUUCAUAACCAGGUUCAGAAAACUCAAGAUGAAAUGCCGGAUCCCUAUGGAAGAAAGACACUUUAUCCAGAUGGCCCAACCUGCCCUUAAAAUCUCUCUGAGAAAAAGAUUUGAUGGGAUACUGUUUGGAGACCUGACAGAACUGGCAGAUAAAGCAUCUAAAUAUGAGGAGCUUCUUAGGGAAGAACAACAGAAGAUGAACUCUUCCAAAGGCACGUACUACAAGACUCCUUCCUCUUCAGUCCAUCUAGUUGAGGUAGAAUCAGAAGAAGAUACAGAAGGCUCAGAGGGAAGAAAAAUUGCAGUAGCAGAGAUGGCAAAAUUGAAACAUCCCAUCAGCUGCAAGGCUCUUACAAAGCCACCAAAGGACCAAAAAUCGCCACCAUUCACAAGAGGGUUCGUUCCAAACAAACCAACACAGAACAAGGUCUAUUCCUUUGAUCUGACCAAAGUGGAUGCUUUGUUUGAUGAAAUGCUACUACAAAAGGCAAUAGAGACCCCCCACAAGUUGUCCAAGCCAGAAGAACUCAAGGGCAGACAAUAUUGUAGGUGGCACAACUCUUGGAACCAUUCCACCAAUAGUUGUGUUGUUUUUAGGGAUGUCAUACAAGGGAGAAUAACAGCAGGAAGGCUAAAACUGGUAGAGAAACCUCCAUCAGUUACAACAGACUCCUUUCCCUAG